GACGGGAUGAAGCAAAUUCGCCCGAUAUUUGGCACAUCUGGUCAUUUCAUCCCGCUCGUAGGUCAAAACAAACUGUCAAAAGCAAUGUCAAAAGCAUUGCUGUCAACUGUCAGAAUAAUUGCGAACAAGAGCACAACAAAACAGAGUUGUAAAAAAUGGAGAAUGAAAAUAAUCAGCAAAAGGCAGAAGUGACGAAAAAAAUGAAUCUGUCGUAAAAAAAAACAAUUACAACCAACGUAGUUGUAGCGCCGUAGUGGAUUUGUCAUCGAAGUGUACAAAUCGCACCCAUUUCAAUCCAUGAAAAUCGGGGUCAAGUGCACUUUAGCACUGACGACGGGAGUUCCAGCGUUCCAGCGCUUGGGGAAGCUAAUUUGAGCCGUACUUUGUGUGCAGUGAAAUAAUAAAAAGCAGAUUUCUAUCACCACCCGCCACUGCACGACGGCCACUGCGACACGGUGAGGAAUUGAUGAUGUGGGACCAGGGUGUCUCUACAGCUGGUCCUCGCUACAGUCGAAGACAAUGGGUGCUUUUGUUCUCGAUGGCGUACGUCGUCGUGUUUGUGCUGUUAGCGUCCCUAACCACACCUAGCUCAGUGUCGGCAGUUUCAACUUCCGCCGCAUCGCUUCGACAUGGUGGUGUUGGCACCAAAGACACAUUCGGUUGGGAUGAUGCCGGGGACGAGGAGGAAGGCUACUGUGCACCGUACAAUGGGAAGGUGUGCAAGCGAUUUAUCAACAGUCGCCAGGUGUGGUACAGUCGCGAAGAUGGAACGGGAGGCUGGGAAAAUGAAAAGAUUACCACCGCACUGUUCGAUGAUCUUAUAACCGAUCUACCACAGUACUGUCGUCCGGCUGCAGAGAAACUGUUGUGUGCUUACGCUUUCCCUCAAUGUGUCAUCAAGGACGGAUCUACUAUACGGUUACCGUUAUGCUACGAAGAUUGUGUAGCGACUUAUCUGCAGUUUUGCUACAACGAUUGGGCACUGAUAGAGGAAAAGAAAGAACGUGGUGAUGUCAUUAAAUCUAGAGGCCAUUUCCGGCUUCCGAACUGUGAGGAACUUCCGCGGUACAACAAAACAGCAAAACCACCCGUUUGUUCACACGUGGGACUGACCGAGCUUGUCUCAGAAGAAGUGACCUACGAUUGCCGUAUGGGGAAUGGAAGGUUUUAUCUUGGCACAGUAAAUGUAACAAGCACGGGUAUUCCUUGCCAAAAAUGGGACUCGCAAGAACCACACUCCCAUCAUAAGCCACCGUUAGUGUUUGCCGAACUGCAGGAUGCGGAAAACUAUUGCCGGAAUGCGGGUGGAGAAGAACCGACACCGUGGUGCUACACAACCGAUAAAACCGUACGAUGGCAAGCUUGCGAUAUUCCGCUCUGUCCAAACUCCACUGAUGCCAGUGACAUUCGAGGCAAAAUCGACAUGACAAUGGAGUCGGUGUUUACUCCAUCGAUGAUAUUUCUGCUGUCUGGCAUUGGUUUCGUGGCUAUUGUACUCCUGCAUCUGAUGGUGUUGCUUUGCUAUCGAGUAUCACGCCAUCGACGCAACCGUCGGCAGUCGGGUGCAGCUGGUUACAAUACCACCGCAUCGCAGGAUGGUCAAGGGAUCGAUAUUAAUAAGCUUCCCUCGAACAUAAACUACCAUCGCACUGGUGCACAGCUGAACCCGAAGCUAGAAAAGCUUGAAUUUCCACGCAACAACAUUAUCUACAUCAAGGAUCUGGGCCAGGGUGCGUUCGGUCGGGUAUUCCAAGCUAAGGCACCCGGACUGGUAGGUGGAGAAGAUUUUACGCUAGUCGCCGUAAAGAUGCUGAAGGAUGAGGCAAGCCAAGAUUUGCAGGUCGAUUUCGAACGUGAAGCUUGCCUGCUGGCGGAGUUUGACCAUCCAAACAUAGUGAAGCUACUGGGCGUUUGUGCAAUCGGGCGACCGAUGUGUUUGCUGUUCGAGUUUAUGGCCCGCGGAGAUCUGAAUGAGUUCCUGCGGCAAUGUUCACCAUUUGCGCAGCAAAACCGCGCCGAUAGUAUCAGCACCGAACUGUCGCACGGUGAUUUGUUGAAUAUUGCACAUCAGAUAGCGUCCGGUAUGAUGUACCUUUCGGAGCGCAAAUUCGUUCACCGCGAUCUGGCCACCCGCAACUGCCUGAUCGAUGACCAUAUGGUGGUAAAAAUAGCGGACUUUGGAUUGUCACACAAAAUCUAUCUGCAGGACUACUACAAGGGAGAUGAGAACGAUGCCAUCCCGAUACGCUGGAUGCCGCUGGAAAGCAUCCUUUACAACAAGUACACGAUCGAGUCCGAUGUGUGGGCGUACGGUGUUUGUCUGUGGGAGAUUUUCUCCUUCGCCAUGCAACCGUACUACGGUAUGACGCACGAGGAGGUGGUAAAGUUCGUGAAGGAAGGCAAUAUGCUUGGUUGUCCGGAAAACACACCACUAACCGUGUACGAUCUGAUGCGCAAAUGCUGGAGCCGAAAGCCGAACGAUAGGCCCAGUUUUCAUAUGAUCUACCAGAAGCUGCAACAGAUAAGGGCGGAUUUCGAUGGUAAAAUGUUGAUGUAGCCACAGCCGGCAUCAUCUUGGGGUGAGUAGUAGCAGUAGUAGUAGUAGUAGUAGUACUAGCGCAAGAAACAUCACUGCCCCACUGGAAGGAAGCUAAAAUAAGAGUAAGAGUGGCAUAGUGACCGCAGUUGUGUAAUAUACCUGUAUGAUGAUGCCUGUCAAUAUUUCUUAGCAUCUGUAUUUUCGUAUUUUACUACAACGGUUUACCAAUUGAACCAAAACUAUGAAAAGAUAACAUUGUUGGUAAAAUACCUCCCACCAGUUCACUCUAAACGGUCAUUUUUUCUGCAGGACAGAGUGUGAAUGUUAAUGCUUGAUACCACUAACAAUUUAUUUUAAAUUUCUUCGACAAUUUUGCGUAUGUUAAGAUUUUUCUUUGGAAUAGUAUUUAUUAUACAUGACAGACAUUUUUUUGUGUUUUCCAAACAACCUCAUAACUCAAGACUUUCGUAUGCGCUUUACACUAAAUGUCACAGAAACUGACUGCCAAUGGAAAUCUCAGUAUUUUAGUUAGUAUUUAUUACAAUCACUUUUGCUUAUUGCAACUGUCUCACCAUUUAGGAAUCCAAACGAUUCAUCAACCGUUCGUCUCAUUAUUUUGCAAAAUCCCAUAUUCAUACAGUAGUUUGUAUCUAUAUCCCUAAAUUGAUUCAUACACUAAUGAAAGUGUUGUGUAUCUAUCGGCAAUACGGAAACGAUCAUAUCGACCAUAAGUUUGUUAGUAAAAACGAAUUAGGUUAAUGUACGUUUUUUCGCUUCUCAGUGCUCAGAAAUCGGACUCAAAUCUAAUUCUCUUUAGUCGUAAAUCCUAAACAUAAAUGCUCUGGUGAGAUUCGUUUUGUAUUGUAACAUAUAAAGACAGUUGGAGACAUAGAGAUUAUUAGGAUUAAGUUGGAUUAGCUUUGGCAAGGUUCAAUUUUAUCCAACUUCCAGUGUGAAGAACUAAUGUAAUAAGAUUCUGCCCUAUAGCAUGUAAGUGGUACCCAAUAAUAAUGUAUCAAUUUUGAUAUGAUUGAAACAAAAAGAAAGUAUCAACCACAGGAGCGUGUUCUAAAGUUUGUGUAGUUUUCUUUCCGAGCAAAUGGGGGGAAAAUAUUGCAUUACAAGAAACAAAUACAAAUAAUAAAAAUCUACUUACCAGCUCUUAAUUAAUUGCGCUCGGGUUGGAACAUUGACCAGUUUUAUAGUCGCUUGUUUUUGCAGACAGUAGUUGUUCCCGGUUUCCUGGGGACAAGAUGUUAGCCCGUAAGUACCUCCCAGCGUCAAGUGUUUGGCUGAUUGAUUGAUUAGAUAAGUAGAGAGCUACUAGUGUAGGUGGGGCUGCUAGAACCCAAAGACCAUUUUAAUUACUGACUGCAAGGUGUUUUGUAGAAUUAUAGAAGACGGUUUACGAUAAAGCGAUAAAGUACGAGAAGCGUAAACGACGCAGAAAAGGCUAUGCAUGCAAGAGAAAGCCCGAUAGGAAUGGCAAAGGAUGGAAUAUGAAUAAAUCCUUCCGUACACCGAAGAGCGUUCGGUUGACAGAUAAAAAAUUUAGCAUAACUUUAAAGUAAAUAUAAAAAAAGGAAGAGGAGAAACGCAUAGAACAAGCGACGGAACAGAAACAAACCAAAAAAGCAUACAAACCAAGUGGAAAAUAAAUAUAUAAAUGUGUUUUGUCUCA